AUGGCGCCACAACUCACAGAAGAUGAGAUCGAUGAUCUCAUUUAUUUUGCCCGCAUCGGAGAGGGCGCCGACCUCAUGGACAGUGUGACCGCGCUGGCUGAUCGUGAAAAGGUUGCGCCCGCUGUCAUUCUCAUGGCAAGCAAGGAUGAGGGCAAAUCCACAGUACUGCACAUGGCGACCGGCAACGGACAUUUAGAAACCGUUCGCAAAGUCAUUGAGUGCUUUGACGCAAGACCAAAGGAGGAGAAGCAGGCAUUCCUAGACGAGCCGAAUGAGCACGGAAAUACUGGCAUGCACUGGGCGGCGCUCGGCGGUCACCUGGAUACGGUGAAGCUUCUCAUGGAGCACGGCGCUUCGCCGGCCCUGGCCAACGAGCGCGACUACGUGCCUCUGGAUCUGGCCAACCAGAACGAAAAGACUGACGUGUCGGCAUAUUUCCUAUCUUUCCUCAAGGAGCUGGAGAGCAAAAACACCGACGAGGGCCUCAACAACGCCACUGCCUCAAUCGAGGUGGAAGAGACGAUCGAGGAUAGCAAGCCUGGGGCUAGUUCAUGA